GAGAAUUGAGAAGAAGAAAGAGAGUGAGAGAGAGAGAGAGAGAUAAACACACAAUCAUCCACUCGCUUUCUGAAUCUCCCUCCCUUUUCUCUUCUCCUUGUUCGUCUUCUAGGGUUUUGAUACUUCACCACAAAAAUGAGUAGCAACAAAGAUAACUUCGACAUGGCCGACCUCGGCGCCUCCCUUCCAGCCGCCGCCGCCGCUCUUAGUGCGGAGGAUCGUGCUGGUCUUGUUAAUGCUCUCAAGGAUAAGCUUCAGAGCUUGGCUGGACAGCAUUCUGACAUAUUGGAAACUUUGUCGCCUACGGUCAGGAAACGUGUUGAUGUGUUGAGAGAGAUGCAGAGCCAACAUGAUGAGUUGGAAAAGAAGUUUUUCGAAGAGAGGGCUGCAUUGGAAGCAAAAUACCAGAAGCUCUAUGAACCUCUCUACACUAAGAGGUAUGAAAUUGUCAACGGUGUAACUGAAGUUGAAGGAGUUAAUCCUGAAUCUGCAGUGGACCAAGGAGAUAAUGCCACCGAAGAGAAAGGGGUGCCGGAUUUCUGGCUCACGGCAAUGAAGACCAAUGAAGUUCUUUCUGAGGAGAUCUCAGAGCGUGAUGAAGGGGCUCUGAAGUACCUCAAGGAUAUCAAGUGGUCUAGGAUAGACGAACCAAAAGGAUUCAAGCUUGAGUUUUUCUUCAAUGCCAAUCCUUAUUUCAAAAAUUCUGUAUUGACAAAAACGUAUCACAUGAUUGAUGACGAUGAACCUAUUUUGGAGAAGGCAAUUGGGACGGAGAUUGAUUGGUAUCCUGGGAAGAGCUUGACGCAGAAGAUCUUGAAGAAGAAGCCAAGAAAGGGAUCAAAGAAUGCUAAACCCAUAACUAAAACUGAAGACUGUGAAAGCUUCUUUAACUUCUUCAACCCUCCUGAGAUACCUGAUACUGAUGAUGGAUUUGAUGAGGAAACUGCUGAAGAACUUCAAGGUCAGAUGGAGCAGGAUUACGACAUUGGUUCCACAAUAAGGGACAAAAUUAUUCCCCAUGCUGUGUCAUGGUUUACUGGGGAGGCUGUUCAGGAUGAGUUUGAAGGUAUGGAAGAUGAUGAUGAUGUAGAUGAGGAUGAAGAUGAAGACGAGGAGGAAGAUGAAGAUGAAGAGGACGAUGAGGAUGAUGAUGACAAUGAUGAAGAGGAAGAGAAAGAAAGGAAAAAGCCAUCUGCCGGAGCUAAGAAAAGUGUCAAGGCACAAGGAGCAGAAGGUGGCGAGCGUCCUCCAGAAUGCAAGCAACAGUAGCAAUAAUCCUUUUGCAUAGAUGAGCUUCUAUAUUGUGUGAACACUACUGAUUUUCGUGUUCUGUACUUUGGUGUUAAAACUUGACCAGAGGUUUAAUUUAAUUUCAUGUUUGAAAUCAUUAAAACCCUAUUUGA